CCCCCAUUAUAUCCGUUUCACCGUCUCUCGUCCCACCGCUCUCGCCGUUUCCAUCCCCCCGUCCCCUCUACACGUCGACGACAGCGUUGUGCAAUGGCUAUCACAAAAGAACCAGGCCAGAAGGGCAUCAACUGGUCCAACAUCGCUGUCGGGGCUAUCAUGAACAUGCUUGAGGUCACAACACUAGGCCAACCACUAGAGGUUAUCAAGACCCAGAUGGCUGCCAACCGGUCGCAAUCAAUGGUUCAGGCGUUGAGCUCAAUAUGGGCCCGUGGUGGGGUCAGCGGGUUCUACCAGGGUCUCAUUCCAUGGGCGUGGAUUGAGGCCUCUACUAAGGGGGCGGUCCUACUGUUCACUGCGUCUGAAAUCGAGACUGCUACCACGUCAGCUGGGUUAGACCCCUCCAUCGGGGGUUUACUCGGUGGUAUGGGCGGUGGUAUUGCCCAGGCAUAUGCAACUAUGGGUUUCACAACAUGCAUGAAGACGGUCGAGAUCACUCGACACAAGCAGGCAGAGUCCGGCAUCAAACCCGCAUCGACAUUCACAGUCUUUAUGGAUAUCUUCCGGAAAGAAGGUCUGCGUGGCGUGAACAAGGGUGUCAACGCCGUUGCUGUCCGGCAAUGUACCAACUGGGGUUCACGCAUGGGCUUUGCACGGUUGGCGGAGAACAUGAUCCGGAAAUCUCGGGGAAAGCGGGAAGACGAGAAGCUCGGUGCGCUUGAUAAGAUCCUGGCGUCCUCUAUCGGUGGUGCGCUGGCUACUUGGAACCAGCCCAUCGAGGUCGUCCGAGUGGAGAUGCAAUCUAUGGCAAAGUCGGCUGCGUCCCCCAACCGUCCGGAGAAGCUGACAAUCAUGAACACGUUGUCUUACAUCUACAAGCAAAACGGUAUCAAGGGCCUGUACCGCGGUGUCACCCCUCGUAUCGGUUUGGGUGUCUGGCAAACUAUCUGCAUGGUGUCGUUCGCCGACUACGUUAAGGCCUGGGUCAAGGCCCGAUGAAUAAAUUAUGUUCGCCUUGUGCUUAGUCUAUCUGGAUUAUUUGAUUUUGGAUGGUUUUCUCGCUUGAGUUAGAGUUGCUUUCCAUUGCAUAUGCCGGACAUCGGUGCAGACGCUAUCGUACAGUACUCAUCAUACCUACCACGUUUUAUGACGCUAUCGACAACGAUGACUUUCUGGGCAGCGCGCCUGACGCUCC